UAUUCUUUAACGGCUCCUGGUAGAUAUUGCCGACCGUGCCGUCCCAGUCCGGGUAAGUUCUUGCUGCCUGUCCUUUCCACGGCACACUUCUCAUCUUAGCAAGUAGAAAUGUCAGCCACGACGCAGAGGGAUUCUUCGUCCGGACCGCCGCAGGGUCCUCAGCAGUCGCAGCAACCGCCUCGCUGGUCCGAGAUCGAGGACAAGAUCCUGAAGGAGGCGGUAGCACGAUAUGGUGUGAACCACUGGGAAGAUGUUGCAAGGACGAUAUGGACGAGAAAGACGGCCGAGGAGUGCCGGGCACGUUGGGCAGAGCUUGUUCCAGUCCUAUACGAAGGCCUGGUACGGCGGGAGUCCACGCGGGAGCAGCGUCGUACGAGGAGCGUAACGGUAUCGGCAGUCGCGUCAGGUGCUUCUAUGUCUUGUCAAGACGAUAUGAAGUCCCAAAUUCAAGAGCCUGUUCCCUCCUGUCUUGCUCUUGCUCCCGCUCCCGCUCCUAUUGCUUUUCCCGCUCAAGAACAACAAGGAGCAGGGGAGAAACUGCCGCCAAACCGGGCGGACGGUAACGCCACUGGGAACACUCCCCUUGCUCCUCUCUCUCCCACAGUAGAAGGUUCUUUGCCGCUUCUCGCCUCGGAGUCGGCACGAACUCGACGGAACACCGAACCGGCACAACCUUUCCACGCUACGCCGGUGUCCCGUGGGAGGGGAGGAGGGGAACGGGAAUGGCUCGCGCCACAUCCCCUUAUGCGAGGGCGACAGCGCAACACGCCGACAUCAUCGAGGGACAGUUCGACGUUGGGGAAAAAGGGAUGAGAAGACUCGAUAAAACUUAUCCUUUGCCUACGGCUCUAAGCUUCCCAUCACUGCCAACACCCAGGCUGUGGCAAGACCCGAGAGUUUCUGGGAUGUAAGAGCAUUAUCGGAUGACGGCAGGCCCUCGGUCCGAAUGCUCAAAAGAUGUCCCAUGUCUAUAUACCCCUUGGCCUUGCAUAUCUAUCCGACCGGAAGUAGAUUACCUCCGCCGGUUAAGGAUUUCCAUCGCUGAAGCCCUGCUGCGCCAAUACCGUGAGGCGCGACGUCGGGGAUAAACAACGGGUGGAAACGUACCAAAGGUAUGGAAGUUGCUCUCGUUUGAAAUAGUCUUGUCGAGAUUCU